CUCACGCAAAGACUCACGUACAAAUCGCAACUCGGAAGAUGUCUUCAUUUGUACAAGAUUAAAACCAAACAAACAUAAUUAUAUAUUGUUUUUAACCAAUUGAAGUAAUACAGAAGCAUAUUACUAUUUAUUUUUCUGUGUAAGAUUGGUUUUAAUAUCAUCCGUGUGAAGUAUUAAAUAGAAUUAACGUUACAAUUGUUUUAUUUGCAGUAAUUUUCACUUGAUCUAUUCUUUAUCGACAGCAAAGAAAGAAGCACUAUUAGUAUUUUUUUCAAAUUUGAAGGGAAAAAUGCCCGGAAUUGCAAAUAUGUCUUUAGAUAACAUGUUUUGCACCCGCUGUGGGGAUGGUUUUGAACCAAAUGAGAAAAUUGUUAACUCCAAUGGUGAACUUUGGCAUACAGGUUGUUUUGUAUGCGCGCAAUGUUUCCGUGUGUUUCCGGAAGGCGUGUUUUACGAAUUUGAAGGACGAAAAUAUUGCGAACGAGACUUUCAAGUACUAUUUGCUCCUUGUUGUGGAAAAUGUCGUGAAUUUGUGAUUGGUCGUGUGAUUAAGGCUAUGAACUCAAACUGGCACCCAGCUUGUUUCCGAUGUGAAGAGUGCAACAUCGAGCUGGCAGAUGCUGGUUUCAUAAAGCAUGCCGGCCGUGCUCUCUGCCAUGCUUGUAAUGCUCGUAUCAAGGCAGAUGGCUUGCAAAAUUAUAUAUGCCAUAAGUGCCACGGCGUAAUUGACGGGGAGCCUCUGCGGUACCGCGGUGAGGUGUAUCACGGCUAUCAUUUCUCUUGCGCCACUUGUGGCGUGGAACUCGACCACACCGCACGCGAGGUUAAAAACAGACCUGGAUAUGCUGCGAAUGAUGUCAAUAAUCUCUUCUGCCUUCGUUGCCAUGAUAAAAUGGGUAUCCCUAUAUGUGGAGCUUGUCGUCGUCCUAUAGAAGAGAGAAUUGUUACUGCUUUGGGCAAACAUUGGCAUGUUGAGCAUUUCGUGUGCGCCAAAUGUGAAAAGCCAUUUCAUGGCCAUCGACACUAUGAGAAGAAAGGUUUGGCAUAUUGUGAACAACAUUAUCAUCAGUUGUUUGGCAAUCUUUGCUAUGUAUGCAACCAAGUUAUCGCUGGUGAUGUAUUCACGGCUUUGAACAAGGCCUGGUGCGUGCACCACUUUGCAUGUGCCGUGUGCGACACUGCGCUGAGCACGCGUAGCAAGUUCUAUGAGUACGAUGAGCGCCCAGCUUGCCGCCGCUGUUACGAGCGCCUGCCCGCCGAGCUGCGGCGCCGUUUGCGUCGCGCGCAUCACUACACGCUGCGGCGGUGAGCGCACCCAUCGCCGCCGACACUACCACCGCCAGCACGAAAACUUAGCGUUAUGUCAGUGUUUAAUCCAAUGGAAAUUCGGAACGAGUAUUGUUCACCGGAUGCCAAAUAAUAAAAACGCCACUUCACUGCCUUA